UGGAACUUUUGUUGGCAUGGACUGUGCGUAGUAAAAAUGAUUUGGUUUUUAAAGCAUCAACAAGAUGAAAGGCCAAAUUACUUUUGGUGUGUUAUUAUGUAAAUUGUUUUAGUAUCCUCAGUUAAUGACAGAGAAAGCAAGACAUGUCAUUCCAGGCUGUCGGAUAUUAAUCUCAAUUAUAGUUGUGAUCGACAUCAACAAGCAAGGAAGGAUGUCAUGUGCGACGUGUUGCGGGUAUUUGAAAGGGGCGUUAGUCUCGUUCUUUGAAUAUGACACGCCCAAAAUAGUCCACAUAAAGAGCAAGAAAGUCGGGUUAUUAAAUCGAACCGUGCAAUUAGCUGUUAUUUUAUAUAUUGUGAUAUGGGUUAUUGUUAUAAAAAAAGGUUACCAAGAUACUGACAUACCAAUCAGUGCAGCUACAACAAAACUUAAAGGUGUAGACUUCACAAACAUCACUAAGGUGCCCUCAAUAGGUGCCAGAAUAUGGGAUGUGGCGGACUAUGUCAUUCCACCCCAGGAAAAAGAUGCUUUUUUUGUGAUGACCAACAUGAUUAUCACUCCUAACCAAACACAAGGGGUCUGUGGAGAGGACCCUGAACUUGCACCAUGCACUGAUGAUUCAGAAUGCACAAAAGAUAUGCCAGUUCCUGUGGGAAGUGGUGUUAUGACUGGAGUGUGUAACAAGGCUACAAAUUCCUGUGAAAUCCAUGCUUGGUGUCCUGUAGAGAUAGAUGAACCACCUCUGAAGGAUUCCCCUGUUUUAACAGACUCCAAAGACUUCACUGUUCUCAUCAAGAAUUAUGUUUAUUUUCCAAAAUUUAAUGUCAGAAGACGAAACAUUCCAGAUUGGAUUAAAAAGGACAAAUAUCUGUCCAAAUGCCGCUGGAGUCGGGAUAAAGAUCCCUACUGCCCAAUCUUUAGACUGGAAGACCUUAUUUCUGCAGCUGGAGAAGACUAUCUUGUCAUGGCAUACAAGGGUGGUGUAAUUGAUAUCAACAUCAAUUGGGACUGUAACCUAGACUAUGCAGAGACUAACUGCAGACCAACAUACACCAUCUCCAGGGUGGAUAAAAAUGAAACAGUUUCACCUGGUUGGAAUUUCAGAUAUGCAGAUUUUUAUGUUGUAGACGGUGUGAAUACAAGAACAUUGUACAAGGCCUAUGGUAUACGAUUUAUCAUCACUAUUACUGGAAAAGCUGGCAAGUUCAACAUAGUCCCUAUGCUUCUCAACAUUGGUGCUGGGUUAGGAUUGUUAACACUGUCUACAGUGCUAAGUGACAUAGUGGUUCUUUAUUUCCUGAAGUAUCGUAGUUUCUAUCGUGAGAAAAAAUAUCAGAAUGUAGACGAAAUGGAUGUCUCAUAUCAGGUUCUAUCACCGGAGCUGGAAGGAAAAGACUUUGGUGAACCAGAUCCAACCAACAGUGUUAGACAUCGACCUUUAGGUUCCAAUGCAAAUAAUGAUUCAGAGACAUAGCCUACAAAAUAAUCCAUAAAAAGGAUCUAGAAAAAAAUCCAAUUAUGAAUCAUUUUGCUUUUUUGACUAAGUAAUGUAUUCCUUGUUAUAACAAAAAGCACUGAGAUUGAUUUUUAUUAGCAGAUAUGGUUCAAUAGGACUGUCAUAUAUAAUUUUACUUUGAUACACUAAAUCCACUUUGGUUUACUACUGAUAUAUGUACAGUACUGUAGAUCAAUCAUAUCAGAUUUGUGCUGCUAACUUAAAUUUUUACAAUAUUUCCUAAAUCCAGAAAAAGGUGAUCAUUAAUAUAGUAAUACACAUUGCAAUAUAACUGUGAAAUCAUUCUAAAUAUAUAUGGUCAUAUUGGAACAUUAGAUUGCACGUGUGAGUAUGUGUGUGUGUGCACGCACAAUUAUUAUUGCAUUUGAACCUUAUUAACUUUGAACUCUUCAUUAUUUUUCGAAGUAACUGCAUUUUGAGACCUGUUUAUUUAUUUAUUUAUUAUUUAUUUAUUUAUUUAUUUAUUUUGCAAAUUUCCUAGUAUAAAAAAAUUGAUCAUGCAGAAAGUAUCUAUAUCUAAUUCAACAAAUAUACAUGUAAAAAGUGAGUGGCUUUUCAGUUUCUUUGCUUAAUUCUUUUCAGUGCCAUACCCUGUUGUUUAAUAAAGGAAGUGGUAUUAUUCAAAUCUUUAUAUUUCAUAUGUUGUAAAAGGUAUUUUAUGGUACGUGUUAAUAAAA